GCCAAGCCAUAAACCGACUUCCACAGCUCUUUUAAAUUCGACUCUCUCUCUCUCUCUCUCUCUUUCCUCUGCUGUUUUCCUCCUCCUCCUCCCUCCACUCCUUCCCUCAGUUUCCUAUCUCUCUCUCUCUCUCUAACACGCACACGCACAUCAUCGUUCAACAAUGCAGACGAAAACCCUAGCUUGCCCUUCCCAGCUCCCUCUGCAAAACCGUAAUCUCAAUGAAUACCGCCUUCCUUCGACUUUCUUCCACAACCGUCGCGUUCGCAGCUCUUCCAUUAAUUCCCGAAAUUUGCAUAUUUCUUCCGCGGCACUCAGUAAUCGCCAUAAGCGCCUCAGAAGGGCUUGCAUAAGCCCCGGGCAAGAAGUUCUCGACGAAUUGCCGGAAAAAAUCAGAACCGAAAAUGGCUGUAUUGUCUCUUCACUUUCGCUGCCUCAAGGAGAAGAAGAAGAAGAAAUUGAGUCUGUGGCUCCGAAAAGAGAAGAGUUUGGGGCGAGUCAGAGCAUACUGAGUCAAAUGAAGGAAAUUGUGAUGUUCUCGGGGCCGGCCACGGCACUUUGGAUCUGUGGACCUCUGAUGAGUCUCAUUGACACCGCAAUUAUCGGUCAAGGAAGCUCCAUUGAGCUUGCCGCUUUGGGCCCAGGAACGGUUCUUUGUGAUAAUAUGAGUUAUGUGUUCAUGUUCCUCUCAAUUGCUACUUCGAAUAUAGUUGCCACUGCACUUGCCAGAAAGGAUAAGAAAGAAGUGCAGCAUCAGAUAUCUAUCUUGCUCUUUAUUGGGUUAACAUGUGGCAUGCUGAUGCUUAUCUUCAUGAAAUUUCUGGGUGCCUGGGCACUUACAGCUUUCGCUGGACCAAAGAAUGUGCAUAUUGUACCUGCAGCAAACACUUAUGUCCAGAUUAGAGGCUUGGCAUGGCCAGCAGUUCUUGUAGGAUGGGUUGCUCAAAGUGCAAGUCUUGGCAUGAAAGACUCCUGGGGUCCUUUGAAGGCUUUGGCAGUUGCCAGUACUGUGAAUGUCAUUGGACAUGUAGUCCUGUGCACUUUCUUAGGCUAUGGUAUUGCUGGCGCAGCUUGGGCAACAAUGGUCUCACAGGUUAUUGCAGCCUGUAUGAUGAUUGAAGCUCUAAACAAUAAAGGAUACAAUGGUUUCUCUGUAGCUGUUCCAUCACCCAGUGAACUGCUGCAAAUAUUCAAACUUGCUGCUCCAGUGUUUGUAACAAUGAUGUCAAAGGUAUCUUUCUACUCCCUCAUUAUAUAUUUUGCUACAUCUAUGGGCACACCCACUGUUGCUGCUCAUCAAGUCAUGAUUCAAAUGUACAGCAUGUGCGUGGUAUGGGGAGAGCCUCUGUCCCAAACUGCACAAUCUUUUAUGCCUGAGUUGAUAUAUGGUGUUGAUCGUAGUUUGGCAAAGGCUCGAAUGCUGCUAAAGUCACUUGUCAUAAUUGGAGCCAUGACUGGAUUAAUAAUAGGGACUAUUGGAACAUGUGUUCCUUGGCUGUUCCCCAAUAUUUUCACACCCGAUCAUGCAGUUAUAAGAGAGAUGCACAAUGUGUUGGUCCCAUUCUUUAUAGCAUUGGUUGUGACACCCUCUACACAUAGCCUUGAGGGAGCACUGUUGGCUGGACGGGAUCUUAAGUUUAUUAGUUUAACAAUGAGCGGAUGCUUUGCUCUGGGCUCACUUCUAUUAUUGCUUGUGAGCAGUAGAGGUUAUGGUUUGCCAGGCUGCUGGUGUGCUCUUGUGGGAUUCCAAUGGGCUCGAUUUUUUCUCUCUCUUCGCCGUCUGAUUUCUCCCGAUGGAAUACUUUACUCUGAAGAUCUAAACCGCUACAAAUUAGGGAAGCUAAAAGCUGCAUAGUUUCUUUGUUUGUCAAACGCCAAAUGCAUUUGAAAGCUGAUAAACAGAAUCUGAAUACUGAGUGUCAAAUCUUUUGCCCAAGCUGCCCAAGACUAGGUUUAGUUGUUAUUCUUCGAAGACUUGAUGGUGUAGAGAGGCAGAAACGAGGCAUUGACUGAUGAAGUUCGAUGUCAUUUUGGUGAUCUGGAGAAGCAGAAAGAAGGCAUGAACAGAUGAACUUCGAUGUCAUUUUUUGCAAGCAUAUUAUACUAGUACAAGGUGAGGCUGCAUACUAUAAACCCAUUGGGGUCACCUCUUCCCUAGAUCCCACAUACACGGGAGCUUUGUGUACCAAACUGCAAUUUUUUAGAUUAUACUAGUGAAUUGUAAUUUUUUGUCAAGUAGUGAACAUGAAAUUUUCCCAGGAGUGAGAUAAUUUGAAGGAAAGUAAAUUGUGUCCCCAAAA